AAAGAAUGUGAAAAUUCAAAUCUCAACAUUUGUGAGAAGGACCGAUGUCUAAACACAAAUGGGAGUUUCAAGUGUUUUUGUACGAAAGGUUACAAAGGAGAUGGGAAGAAACAUGGACGGGGUUGCAUCCGUGGUCAAUCACUUGUAUUCAAACUUGUUGCAGGGAUUUCUAUAGGAAUUACGGUUCUUAUACUUCUUAUCUGCUGGUUGCUCUCAAUACUCAAUAGAAGAAAGUUGAACACAAUGAAGCAAAAAUUCUUUCUUCAAAAUGGUGGCUUAUUGUUGCAAGAAAGACUCACCCAAAGACAGCAAUUACCAGUUAUUGUAAAUAUAUUUUCUUCAGCGGAACUCAAGAAGGCAACGGACAACUUCCAUGACAGUAGAAUUGUUGGUCAAGGAGGCUAUGGCACUGUAUACAAAGGCUUGUUAGCAGAUAAUCGACUAGUUGCCAUCAAGAAGUCCAAAGAAGUUGAUCCACAGCAAGUUGAGCAAUUUAUCAAUGAGGUGAUAGUCCUUUCCCAAAUCAACCACAGAAAUGUUGUCAAGCUCCUUGGUUGUUGUUUAGAAACGCAAGCUCCUCUGCUAGUCUAUGAAUUCAUAGAAAAUGGAACCCUAUUUGAACACAUACAUAGUAAAACAAAGGCGCGUUCUCUUUCUUGGGAUAUGCGAUUAAGAGUUGCUGCAGAAGCUGCUGGAGCGGUCGCGUAUUUGCACUCUGCAGCUUCCCCUCCAAUCAUACACAGAGACAUCAAAUCAACAAAUAUUCUUUUAGACACUAGUUUCACUGCAAAAGUGUCUGAUUUUGGAGCAUCAAGAUUGGUUCCACUGGAUCAAAUUCAAUUAUCUACAAUAGUACAAGGAACCUUAGGAUACUUAGACCCUGAAUACAUGCAAACGAACCAAUUGACUCAGAAAAGUGAUGUUUAUAGCUUUGGAGUAGUCCUCAUUGAGCUACUAACAGGAAAGAAGGCAUUGAGCUACGACAGAUCAGUAGAGGAGAGAAGUUUAGCCAACUAUUUCCUUUUAGCACUAGAGCGAAGCUGUUUAUUCCAAGUUCUUGAUGACAAUAUUAUAUGCGAAGGAAAUAGUGAGGAGUUAACAUCGGUUGCCAUGCUUGCAAAAAUAUGCUUACAUGUUAAAGGGAAGGAUAGACCUAGUAUGAAGGAAGUAGCUAAGGAACUUGAAGGUCUGAGAUUAGCAGGAAAACACUCGUGGAACCAAACAGAACCCAAUGAAGCAGAGUCCGAAUCCCUGCUUUCUGGGAAAAUGAUAGCCUUUGCAAUUGCAAAUGGUGAUGGUAGUAGUAGCACAGCUAUUGGAUAUGAUAACAGCAGCGAUCAUAUUAUUUGGCCUAUGGGUGGUGGGAGAUGAUCUGUAGCAUUAGAAUCAGUAUGGAGUAAGGUUAUAUAGAACUGGCAAGGUUAGCAUUACUUUUGUCGAGUUAUUUUAUGAAUUCAUCUUUUGUUAGGUUAUUAAUCUAUAAAAUAAGGAUGUGGAUUGAGGUUAUACUGAACCUGUAAGAUUAGCAAUAUUAUUGUUGAAUUGGUAUAUGACUUCUUGUAUGGUUAUGAUC